AUUGUUCGGCACCUAUUCAAAGUAGCGAAUUAUUAGAAUCCAAGAAACCAUCCUCUUGUACCGAAGCGAUGCAUAAAGAAAACGGGAAAUAUCCAGAGAGUAGUGUUUAUGAACUUUAUCUUCCUGAAUAUCUUCAUCACCCUUUCAAUGUUUUUUGCUUACGCGAUGCCAAUGGCGGUGAACCAUGGACUAUAAUUCAACGUCGGCAAAGCAACGACACCGACUUCUAUCGAGAUUGGGUUGAGUAUGAACACGGUUUCGGCGAUUUCUAUGCCAAUUUCUUCCUCGGCUUGGAUAAAAUACAUGCAUUGACUCAUUCGCAAACACAUGAGCUUUGGUUUCAAUUUGAGGAUUUUCAAAAUGAGAAACGUUUUGCUAAGUACGAGAGUUUCGCUAUAGGCAAUGCUCAGGAUAAGUAUGAGUUAAUUGCGCUUGGACAAUAUUCAGGCACGGCUGGUGAUUCGUUCUCAAGACAUCGCGGCGAAAAGUUUACCACUAAAGAUAGUGAUAACGACAAACUGGAAAUUGAUAACUGUGCAGUGUUAUGUAGGGGGGCUUGGUGGUAUAAGAAUUGUUAUGACAGCAAUCUGAACGGUUUAUAUUUAGAAGGAGAAUAUCCAAAAAGUCAGAAAAGCAAAGGCGUGAUGUGGUAUGCCUGGCGUGGACAUAACUACUCCCUAAAAUACGUACGUAUGGCUAUAAGACCAAAGUAGUAUCACUGAGAUGGUGAUUUGAAUUGAAAACCUUAGCUUCCAUAAAGUGUUAAACAUUACUGACGUUAAAGCUAUUAAAACAAACAAAUUUA